ACGAAUCAGUUCACGAUUCAUUGCAUCUCGGAAUACUUUAAUCACAGAAGAGCAGCGGCGGAGGCGGGGGCGUGAAGGAGGUGGAGGAUUCGCGCGCGAUUGUGGAAAGAGGGAAGAGGAAGACGCAACCGGAGAGGCACUAUUCCGGCGAGUUCUUGCUGUCCAUUUCGAAAGAGUUGAAGCCGUCAAAACCGCCGGUUGGAGGAGACACCCCAGCCAAGGUUACUCACAAAACGUCCUUCCUGGGGAAAGCAUGCACAAUGGGUCCGGAGAAAACGUUAGCAGUUCUCGACACUCUUGGAAGUAGCAUGUCGAAUUUGAAUGGUCGGAGUGGGUUUGUCACCGGCAUAGCAUCUAGAGGGAACAUAAUAUCUAUACUGGCAUUUGAAGUAUCUAAUACAAUAUCUAAAGGGGCGAACUUGUUUCAAUCUCUCUCAGAGGAGAAUGUCGAAUUCCUGAAAAAGGAGAUUCUACAUUCAGAAGGUGUUAAGAGGUUGAUUUCGACGGAUAUGAAAGAGCUGCUAGUUAUUGCUGCUACUGACAAAAGGGAAGAAUUUGAUGUCUUCUCCAGUGAAGUAAUUCGGUUUGGAGACCUCUGUAAGGAUCCUCAACGGCACAACCUAGGCCGAUAUUUUUCAAAAUUAGAUUCAGAGGCUUCAAUUGAUAAAGAAUCGAGACAAGAAGCUGAGAGGUCUGUGCAAGAGUUGACUAAUCUGGUGCAACAUACUUCUGAACUUUAUCAUGAAUUGCAUUCACUGGACAGAUUUGAGCAAUAUUAUCAAAGUAAGGUUGAGGAGCUGCAGUCCUUACACCUUCCUCAGAAAGGAGGGAGCCUCUCAAUUUUACAUAGUGAGUUGAAAGAGCAACGAAAGCUUGUUCGCAACUUGAAAAAAAGAUAUGUGGUCUAAAAGUUUGGAGGAGAUCAUGGAGAAACUUGUAGACAUUGUAAUCUAUUUGCACCAAGCUAUUCUGGAAUCAUUUGGAACUACUGGUAUGAGGGUAAGUCAGUAUGGAUAUUCUACAUGUGCUAGGAAGUUCCUUAUAUAUUAGCAUAAAGUGAUGCUUUCAGUUACUUUAGAAUUCGUGCUAUCAACACAUCUUUUCUGUUUCGGAAUUGGAAUGCCUAAAAAUGAUGUAGAGUUCUGAAUUGUGAAGAACUUACUGAUUACAAACUGCUGAACAGUCUCUUUCAUGGGUCGUCAGGUGUCACAGUGGUUGAUGAGGUUGGCAAUCGUCAAAGGCUUGGAAAUGCUGGUCUAGCAUUGCAUUAUGCUCACAUGAUCACUCAGAUAGACAACAUUGUAAGAGCAACAGUUAUUUUGUCUGUGAUUAUGCAUGAUGAAAGAGAAAAGGCUCCUCCUUUGAGAUUCUUUCAACUGAAAUUCGGUUUGUUGUCAGGCAUCUCAAGGCAACCUCAUCCGCCUCCAGACGCUCUACCAUGCCGACAAGGAGACAACCGACCAACACAUCCUCGAGACCGUAGCAUGGCUCCACCGUCUGAUCACCCUAGCCGGACAACGCGACAACGGCCUACGAUCCUCAGGAAGCCAAGCCGGCCAUGUUCAAAAGUC